UAUAGGUACAGUAGGCCUAUAUAUAUUUUCUAUUUCGGUGAUGAUUAAGAUGGUUAUGUGUAGAUAUGUUUAUUUAUUGAUAUAUUUUUACUUUUUUAUAUAUAAUGUAUCUGCAUUUGAUAUCAUGUUUAGUUAAUUGUGUAUGUUCAUUUCCCCUGUCUUGACAUUUUUCGACAUCUAAUGCACACUUAAAGUGAUCUUUUAAAAGAAGAACAAUUGAAUAACAUGUUAAAUGCAAUCUUUAGCCAAUCUCAAAAUGAAAAUGAUUUUUCAUACUGUACAGUGUAAUUCUGUGAUGUCCAAGUUCAUGUGUAGCAUUUAAAAUGACUGAUUUUAGUUUUUGUGUGUGUUUUUAAAUUGAUUUAGUCAAAAGUACGUAUAUUUGCUUUAAUUAAGGAGGUCAUGUAACAUUUUAGAAGUUGUGAUUUUGUGUUGGAUUAGAAGAGACAUCCUGUGUGGAGGUUGUGUUUGUGUGUUUAUUUGUCACUAAGCUCUAAAUUCAGUCUAAAACAUACACACAGGCAUACCUAUAACUGAUUUAUUCCCUCAGAUCUAGAUCACAGGCCAGAGAUCAAGCCCUCCUUCUCUGGUCUUAUCACACAUGUGGAGAUGUUCAAUGAGGCAGAGAGACAGCCAGCAGAGGGGAACCAGGACCACGGUGAAACACCAGACAACUUUUGAGUUUGUGUCUGUUCAACGCCAAUGUGAACAAGAGUGAUUGUUUUAGUGUCAUGGAGUUAUGGGAGCUGAACAGGACGAGGGUGUUCCAGUCUGGAGAGGGGCGUCUGCAGCACUACAGUAUGUUACUGGAUGAGACUCAGGAAAGGCUAAUCAUCGGAGGAAAAGACAUCCUGUACUCUCUCAAUCUGGAGCGCAUCACUGCCCCUCACAAAGAGAUUCACUGGGUGAGCUCUGAGGAGCAGGUGGGGGAUUGUUUAAUGCAGGGCAGAGAGAAGCCUGAGUGUGCAAACUACAUUAAGUUGGUGCAGCAUUAUAACAGCACCCACCUGUUAGCAUGUGGGACUGGAGCCUUCAACCCAGUGUGUGCCUAUAUCAGAGUGGGCCGUGGAACAGAGGGAGGAGAGUUCAGGUUGGAGUCUGAUCACAUAGAGAGUGGCAGAGGAAGAUGCCCAUUCCAUCCCAGCAGCCCUUCAGCAUCCACUGUGCACCGUGGGGAGUUGUUUGUUGGCUUGUACACUGAUUAUUGGGAGAAUGAUGCCGCUCUAUAUCGUCUAGGCAACCGCAACUUCAUUAGGACUGAAGUGGGUGACAGACAGCAGCUGAAUGAGCCCAAGUUUGUGGGUUCAGCAGUGAUCCCUGACAAUGACGAUCCUGCUGAUGAUAAGGUCUACUACUUCUUCACUGAACGAGUGGCCAACACGGAGGGUGGAAAAAAAGCAGUUUACACCAGAGUGGCCAGAGUCUGUGCGAAUGACCAAGGUGGUCAGAGGAUGCUGGUAAACAGAUGGAGCUCUUUCCUGAAGACUCGUUUGAUCUGCUCAGUGGCUGGAUCCAACGGGAUUGACACACACUUUGAUGAGCUCGAGGAUGUGUUCGUGCUACGGAAGAAAGAUGAGAAAAAUCCAGAGAUCUUUGGUCUGUUUAGCACCACUAGUGCCGUGUUUAAAGGAUACGCAGUGUGCAUGUAUAACAUGGAAGACAUCCGUGCAGCAUUUAAUGGGCCUUUUGCACACCGGGAACGGACUGACCAUCACUGGAAAGUGUACGAUGGCAGGGUCCCCUUCCCGCGACCUGGAUCAUGUGCCAGUAAGAUAAAUGGAGGCCAGUUUUCCAGUUCAAAGGAGUAUCCAGAUGAGGUUCUGCGUUUUGUGCGUUCCCAUCCCCUCAUGUUCCAGGCGGUGCAGCCCGUUCACAGGCGGCCCAUUCUGCUGGACACUGAAGGAGGACAUAAACUCACACAGCUGGCGGUGGACCGAGUGGAAGCUGAGGAUGGACACUACAAUGUUCUCUUCAUAGGGACUGAUGAUUCUGUAGUAUUAAAAAUGAUUACGAUCUACAACAAAGAAGCCAACACAGUUGAAGAAGUACUUCUGGAGGAAUUGCAGGUUUUCAAGGUCCCUGUUCCUAUUACAGAGAUCCUCAUCUCUACUAAACGACAACAGCUGUACGUGGGCUCUGAGCUGGGUGUAACACAGAUCCGUGUGCACCAGUGUGGGCUAUACGGUUCAGCCUGCGCCGACUGCUGCCUGGCCAGAGACCCCUACUGUGCAUGGGACGGGUUGACAUGUUCCCGGUACUAUCCUGCUGGGCUGUAUACAAAAAGGCGCUUCCGACGGCAAGACAUCCGCCAUGGCAAUGCGGUUCAGCAGUGCAACGGGCUUCAGCUUAGCGAAGAACGAAGCAUCUCAGAAAAGCUUGUAUAUGGUGUGGAGAACAAUAGCACCCUACUGGAGUGCAGACCACGAUCACUGCAGGCAUCUGUAACAUGGUACAUUCAACAUGGUGUGGACAUGGAGGAGGUGAAAGGCGAUGAUCGUGUGAUUCAAAGCCCCCACGGCCUGUUGCUCCUUAAAAUAGCAAAGGGAGACGCAGGAGUCUACGUGUGCCAGUCCACAGAGCAUGGCUUUGUCCAGACGGUGGUGCGUGUCACUUUGGAGGUGCUGGAUGAGAGCAAAGUGGAGGGUUUGUUGCAUAAAGGGGAGGAAGGUGAUUCUGCACACAGACCUCCACCCUGCCCCUUCCCCAGCUUGCCCUCUGCUCCAUCCUCCUCAAAGCUCUGGUACAAGGAUUUCAUGCAGCUGAUCGGCUACAACAACUUCCAGCGGGUGGAGCAGUACUGUGAGAAGGUGUGGUGCGUGUCUGACAGGAAGAGGAAGAAACUCAAGGGAAUGGCAACCAAAUGGCAAUACACACCUGGGGCAGAGCAGCAGGGGAGAGCACGGGCGCCUCGACAAACACACGGACAGUAACAACUGUCAGAUGAGAGAACGAAACAUUUCAACUCAUUCUCAGUGCAGAUGAUCGUAUACAGAAAUUUUUAUUAUAAACAAAAAAAAAAGAAAUACGUCAUGUCAUUAAACCAAUUCUUUAGAGUAUUACCGUUUGAUCCUUUGAUCCGAAAGCAAUCUAUAGUCAAUAUGCCAGAUAUUUAAAGGUGCACCAAGUCAUUUUUUCAUAGUCUUCAUAGAUGUGUGAAAGCACAGUGAAACCAUUUACAUUAUGCAAUGACACAAAUAUACUACAUCGCUGUAUCAUUAAUUUUUUCUGAUGAUUUGCACACUCAAUCAAAA